GGCGGACACUUCCGGGUUUUAAAUUUUUUGUGGUAAAGUAACAGCUACUUUUUUCUCUUUCUGAAUAAACACAAACUUUUACUUAAAAAGCGUAAGAGCACGAUUGGUAGCACGAUUUGUACUUUGCAAAUCGUCUCACUGGACAAAGGGUCCGCAGGCUUAAAAUGGGAUCUCCAACAAAACCUGCUGCAUCACACAGGGGUCAUGCACACACACCUGGAAAGGCCCUAGACUCCCCUCUUCCCUCAGUCAAUGAGCGUCUGGCGUACCUGCGACCCUCCAGGGAGUUGUUAGAGUUUUACCGGCAGAAGAUCGCCCAGUUUGACUCGGAACACGAGGAGCUGCUGCAAAUGUUGGAGAAGUACAAAGGCGUCACAGACGAACAGCAUAAGCUACAAUGGGAACUGCGGCAGCGAGAAGGAGAGAUAUCUGAGCUGCAAAAUGCUUUGAGUGAUAUGCAGGUCUAUCUUUUUCAAGAGAGAGAACAGUCAUUGCGGCUCUAUGCUGAGAAUGACAGACUAAAAAUUAGAGAGUGGGAGGACAGAAAGAAAAUCCAACACCUUCUUUCUCUAGUGGGUCCUGACGCCGGUGAAAUUACAUAUUUCCACCGUGAACCUCCACACAAAGUUGCUAUCACACAGAAGAUUCCAAAGUCCACUUUGGAGGAAAACCUGAGUCUCAGACCCCCAAAACUAAGGCCUGCUGUGAGCAAAAAAGGAGAAAGUAAAAAGAUGAAAUCUUCAAAUGGAGUUGAACCUGAAAGUCUGGAACAAUACAAAAAUGACAAUGAGACAUUGUUACUACAGGUGGAAGCGCUGCAGGCUCAGAUGGAAGAACAGACCCGUCUGGCCAAAGAGCAGGUCGAUUCUCUGCUGGAAGACAAAAGGAUUCAAACAGAGGAGGCCCAGGCACAGCAGCAGAGAGACCAGGAGCGAAUCGCAGCGUUAACUGAGAAGUUGCAACAAACCCAGAACUUGUUACACGACAGCACCAGAGAUUUCCUACAGUUAAAGUUUGACACUCGUGCGCUGGAGAAGAGCUGGAUGACUGAGAAGGACAAACUGCUGAGGGAGCUGGACUCUUGCCACAAUCGUCUGAGAAAACCAGGCCCCACCGGCACCACUGCUGCUCCAGAGCUGAGCAGAGCGUGGCAGCCCAGCAGCAGCACCACUGUUCACACACAUCGAGCUCAACAUGUACCACUGCAAAUGCCAUCGCAAACACACAAAGAGGAAGUAAAGGCCUUACAUGAAGACUUAAAACAAGCCCAUCGUCUUGCAGAAAUGUUUAGAGAACAGUGUAUUACUCUUGAGACAGAACUGGCUCAGAUCCGAGAGGAGGGCGACGUCGGCAGGGAGAUUUUCAAGGAGCGUUCAGAUAAAAUGGCGAAACGUCUUCAGCUCAUGACCCAACGUUAUGAGGCUUUGGAGAAGAGAAGAACCAUGGAGGUAGAAGGAUUCAAAACUGACUUGAAGCUUCUCAGACAGAAACUUAAAGAUGUCGAAAAACAACUUCUCAAGGUAACUCUGAAUGUUGGACCUAAUCAGGAUUUAGCGAUCCUCCAUGAAGUGCGACAGACCAACGCCAGAACAAAAAAGGCCCAGGGUGAGCUCAUGACGCUGAAGGCUAAGAUCUAUGGACUGGAAAAUGAAUUGCGGUUUAGCUAGAGUUUUCUU